UUUAAGAGUUCUUUGCAGAAGACUAUUUGACCAGAACUAGAGGAUCAUGAUGACAACAAGAUUCAUCUGUUUAAUGCUAAUAGCUGUUGUGGGAGCUACUGCAAGCAAAACACAGGAAUUGGAAGGUGAUGAUGAGGAACCAGAACAAGAAUUCAUUUAUAUGAACAGAUAUAAGCGUUCCAGUGACACACAGGACAAGUGCACUUACACCUUUAUUGUACCUCAACAGAGAGUGACAGGUGCCAUUUGUGUUAAUUCUAAGGAGCCUGAAGUUCUACUUGAAAACAGGGUAAAUAAACAAGAAUUACAGUUACUUAACAAUGAACUACUUAAACAAAAGAGACAAAUAGAAACUCUUCAGCAACUGGUAGAGGUGGAUGGUGGUAUUGUUAAUGAGGUUAAGCUCUUAAGGAAAGAGAGCAGAAAUAUGAAUUCUCGUGUCACACAACUCUAUAUGCAGUUACUACAUGAAAUCAUCCGAAAACGUGACAACGCCCUAGAACUUUCUCAGCUUGAGAAUAAGAUUUUGAACCAAACUGCAGAUAUGUUGCAGCUUGCAAACAAAUAUAAAGACUUGGAGCACAAGUACCAACACUUGAUGUCGAUUGCCAAUAACCAGUCAAUGGUAAUUGCCCAGCUGGAAGAACACUGUCAAAGAAUGCCAUCCAUAAAGCCACUGCCACAGACUCCACAGCCACCAAACAAAGUGUACCAGCCUCCUACUUACAAUCGCAUUAUUAACCAGAUAUCUACUAAUGAGAUUCAGAGUGAUCAGAACUUAAAGGUUCUGCCACCUACCUUACCAACCAUGCCUGCCGUUACUAGUAUUCCAACUUCAACUGAUAAACCAUCUGGGCCCUGGAGAGACUGCCUGCAAGCACUAGAAGACGGCCAUGACACAAGCUCCAUCUAUCUUGUAAAACCAGAGAACACAAACCAGCUCAUGCAGGUCUGGUGCGAUCAACGGCACGACCCCGGCGGCUGGACGGUCAUUCAGAGACGGCUGGACGGGUCUGUCAACUUUUUCAGGAACUGGGAGACAUACAAGCAAGGCUUUGGCAACAUAGAUGGAGAAUAUUGGCUGGGAUUAGAAAAUAUUUAUUGGUUGACAAAUCAAGGCAACUACAAACUGCUCAUAACAAUGGAAGACUGGUCAGGUCGCAAAGUAUUUGCUGAGUAUGCUAGUUUCAGACUGGAGCCAGAAAGCGAGUAUUACAAAUUGAGACUGGGACGCUACAACGGCAACGCAGGCGAUUCUUUCACGUGGCACAAUGGGAAACAGUUCACCACGCUGGACCGGGACCAUGAUGUAUACACAGGGAAUUGUGCUCAUUACCAGAAAGGAGGAUGGUGGUACAACGCAUGUGCUCACUCAAAUCUCAACGGAGUUUGGUAUCGCGGGGGGCACUACCGCAGUCGGUAUCAGGACGGUGUUUAUUGGGCUGAAUUCCGGGGAGGAUCAUAUUCACUAAAGAAAGUUGUUAUGAUGAUAAGACCUAACCCCAACACAUUCCACUGAAAUAAUUCUUCUCUUGGUUUGUUUUCCUGUUUUAAAAAACACUUAAAGCUAUGAUGUUAUUACCUGGAAUCACCUUUUCAGGAAUGAGGAAUGUAAGAUAUUGUACAUUUAUUGCUAAGAUAUGAGG